UUUGUAAGCAUAGAAAAUGGUUCCACGAUAAAUUUAUCUACAAUUAAUAAGAUAAAAAGUUAUAUUUUAAACAAUUUAUAUCUAGAUGACACUAAAACAAAGUCCUAGAUGAACCAUUUACUUCGUACUAGUUCAUAAAAUGGCUCGCGUUUGUUUUUGGCGUUUAUUUUACGGUCGCAAUUAGAAGGCAAUUUUCUGCUGUCGCAAAUCCAGACAGUAGCCUAAAUUUCAUCCAAUUUAAUUCUUCCGUAAUUAAACUUUGCGGUCAUACUAUUUACCACUAUCGCCGUUCGCGGAAUAAACCGAAUAAAAAGUCCGGGACAGUGACGUUUGGCGUGAAGAACGCGAGUGGAAAAAGGCAUUUUUUGACGCAUCAUUUUGAUGAGUGCCUGUUGUGUGUACAGUGCACAUUAGAAUUUUUACCUCGUUAAAUAUUUUCAGCGACAGUAAUUCCCAUCAGAAUCCACAUUCAAGCGAUCCCCGGCUAAUUUCAGCGAAAGUAGCCGGUGUUGAUUUCAGUUAUUCAAUGUAAAAGUUUGCAAGUAUGGAUGAAGAUAAAGAACCACAAGCUCCACCUACCGAAAAAGAUAAUGCACCACCUUUAACAGACAAGUUUGCAGUGGAAGUGCAUCCAGCAAAUGAAGAAGAUCCCAGUAUUUCCUUCUCACAUUCUAAUUUGGAAGCAAGCUCAGCCCCGCCACUACAACUUCUCAAUAAUGAAAGUGAAUUCAGCGGUGAAAUCACUGAAAUGCCUGAGCAAAUCCUCGAGGAAUCUGAACUGAAAGAGGAAGACCAUAAUGAGCUCCCACUGAGUGUUAACAUCGAGGAUCAAUUGAAAGAAUUUGAUGGUUCUGAUGACGAAGGAGUGGCGAGUAAAGAAGGCCAUGAGCCUAUUGAAAAUCUUGUUGAUGCGUUAUGUGAUAGCGAAUCAUCAAAACAUGGGAACGAAACAUUGGGUAGUGCAGAAGUUCAUUCCGAUGGUGAAGAGGAUUCAAAUCAGAUUUCUAGCACUGAUAAGGACGCGUUUGAGGAAGUUGAUAUGUCGUUGGUCGAGAAGGAAAAGACAACAACUUCUGAAGAGAAUGACGUUCUUUCUGAUGAUAGAACACAAGCAAUGGUUAGUGGAUCGAAAGGAGAUCACACUGAUGAUGAAGGCGAUGAGUCAAGAACAGAUUCCCGAAUGGAAGUAGAUGGCGACGACCAUGAAGAACAUGUGGACGAGGAUCAUGAAAUGAGCCAUGAUCAUUUUGAACAUCAAGAUGAGGAAGGCACUAGAGAUAACGAUCAUGUUGAAGGAGAAGCUGGAGAUGAUGACCACCACGACGAGCACGAAGUGGCCGAAGAAGAAGAUGCACAGGGCGAGAGAAUCACCCCAAAUAACGACGACGAUGAUGAUGAACAUGAUGAAAACAAAACAAGCUCCUCUCCCACUGAAAAAAAUAAUGGCGAGGUAGAGGUGCAAAACGAUGAUGAACAUGAGAACUCCAAUUGUGUGGACGUUGCAAAAUCCAAUACGCCAACGGAUGAUUUGCCUAGUCAAGCCGAUGGAGUAGAAAUCACGGGGGAUAUUGAACCAAUGGAAGUGGACAAAUCGACUGUGCAAAAUAUCGACGUCUUGAAAGAUACCAGUGGCAAUUCAAAAGAGAUCGAAAAAGCCAAUGAAAGUGUGGGAACCAGUGAAUCGGCAGAACAUAUCGCAAAUACAAGAUUGCGAAGCGAACGCAACAAAAAUCCCAAAAAUACACCUGACUCAGAUGCAGGGAAUCCCAGUCAUGAGGAUAAUUCUUCGAAAAUGAAAACAAGAGUGUCUCGAAGAUUGUCACCGGAAACUGUUAGCGAGAAUAGCAAGGAUAAAAGCGAAACAGCAAAGCCCCGAACAAGAACUAAGACAAUGGACGGAUCUGUGGAGCGGCCAAAUCCUGGACACACUCCAACUCGCUCUAAAGCAGCAGUUGAAGAAGUUGAGGAAGUAGAAAAUCACGAGCACAAUGAAAACCUUGAAUUGAAGGAACUUCAAAUUAAAGAACUUACCGAAGAUUUUCCCGAAGAAAAAUGCACACGUUGCCGUAAGGUUCGUCAAUGUCAGUACAAAUACAUGAUGAGUGGGGAAAUCAGAUUCCUGUGUAGCCUCAAAUGCACGAGUGGUUUCCGUUCGAUGUGCAAAGAUGUAUUUCAUUUGAUCGCGCGAAAAGUUCCAAUCAGUUUGGUAUUUGAUGUUCAGCAAGUCUGUUAUAUGUGCAAAACACGUAAAAGUUGUCGAUACCGUUUGAAACGUCCUGACGACGAAACCCAAUUCAUUUAUUUAUGUGCGCCAAAAUGUUAUAAUUCGUUUGUUGGAAUGAAUGUUGAGAAGUACUUCAAGAGGCGGAAAACUUAUUUAGUGCAAGAGGUAUCGAGCGAAGUGGCCGAAAUAGAAAAGAAAUGCAUUCGCUGUGGUACUACGAAAAAAUGCUUAUACAGUUUUCGCGACGACGAGAAUAUAACACAUUUUAUUUGCGAGGAUGCCUGUUUUGAGUUGCUGGAACGAGAGGAGGAGAAUCGAUUGAAGUUAAAACGACGAUCAGUUCGUGUGCGUGAUUUGGGGGCACCACCUGAAACUCCCACCCAUGCUGUAGUCCCACCGGCUCCAGCUCCUCCUCCACCGGUAGAGCCGCGAAACAUAACUCGUUCUGAGGAGGAGGCUGAGCAAGCCCGUUUCGAUCGAGAAGCCUCUUUAGUGCGUCGCUGUGGGGCAUGUUAUAUGAUCAUAUCAUCAACUCGAGUCCUUCUCGAGUGGGAAACAUUCCCAUUCUGCAAUGAUAUGUGUUUAGAAAAAUAUCAAAAUAUCAUCGGAUCAAAUUGUACAAAUUGCAAUAGUUUAGUCUCAUCCACUAGCAUGGGAAAGUAUUGUGUUCGGUUUGGUUUCGAGGUUCGCCAGUUUUGCAGUUCUCAUUGUUUAGAUACGUACAAGAAGAAGAAUUUGAAAGAAUGUGCGCAUUGUCAGAAGGAUAUCUCACACGACAAAGAUGGGUUCCUGGCACCCGUCGGAGAUAAAUCACAGUUCAAGGAUUUCUGCUCGAAAGCGUGUGUGAAGAAAUAUGAAGAUCUGUUGAAUCCAAGGAAAAAGCAAAAUACAGGAAAUUGUGCUGUAUGCAAUUUGGAUAAACAAGUCCGUGUAGAUUUGUUACUGGAUGAUAAAGACUUCGAAUUUUGUUCAAACCCGUGUUUUUCUGCUUUCAAGUUCGUGAAUAACAUUUCUCCAGAUCAGUGCGCAUUGUGCUUGAAAUAUUUUGAAAGAAAAAGCUCAAAUGCGUUCACACUAUACGAAGAUAAUAACCCGAAGAUGUUCUGCAGUCGAAUAUGCUUGACCGUGUUCAUAUCACUAAACCGGAAGAUCGUGUCUUGCCAGUGGUGCAAAGUGAAAAAGUAUAAUUAUGAUAUGAUAUUAAGAAACAAUGCUGGCCUGAUAACCACUCUUUGUUCGACAACAUGUCUGCGAAAAUACUUGGGACCGGGGUCCAUAAACGCUAGUAGCAGUGCGCUAGUAGUACGACUACAGAAAAUCUGCGAUCAGUGUCACUCGAAUUGCAACCCAACUUUCAGUUUGGCUAUGUCUGAUUCUACGUCUAGGAAUUUUUGUACACAGCAAUGUGUCAUCGACUUCCAGGCGAUUCACAAACGUCCUUUAAAUGAUUCGAUGAAAAAUUCUGGACCGAAAAGUAAACAGGCACCUUAUCCUGUGGGCCUACCUAAGAAGUUGCAGCCUAAAUCAGAUAAAUCUAUCGUUCGACCAGUACAAUUGGGUCAACAUUCUCCGCCACAUAGUCCAAUAUGCAGCAAUUUGCCCUCAACGCCAGCUCCGCCUCCGCUGGCUGUACUAACGCCGGCACCCACUCCGGUUCAACCUUCUCCUGAACCUGCAGAGCCACCACUACCGCCACCGCAAGCCCCAUCACCGGAUUAUGGUCUCCCAUCCCUGAAGCGUAGAGGUCGACCGAAGAAGACAAUGGACUUGUCUUUUGAUCAUGACUCAAUGGUGCCUUCACCUCCGACUCUACGACCAGUGAAGAAACGACACUUUGGAACCAACACUAUGGAAACCGGUGGUAUAAGAUCCCAAAUCAUAACCGUACCCCCACCACAACCGCAAAUGGUUAAUAAACAGACAAUGUGUCAGCCAUCAGCAGAAGCACUAGCGAUGCAAGCUCGUCGCCCUACGUGUACUGUCGAAUUGCAAACCGAAGAUUCUCUUGAGAAAAAAUAUUUCGUACCCGUUCCAGUGCCGAUUUACGUUCCUCAACCUAUGCACAUGUACUCACAGCCAUUCCCUGUACCUGUGCCGAUUCCUUUACCGAUUCCAGUGCCAAUUUUCAUCCCAACCACUCGCAAUACAGCUGCUGGUAUUAUGAAAGAAAUCAAGAAAAUCCAAGACAAGAUGCCAGCUGAUCCAUUUGAAGCAGAAUUGCUGAUGAUGGCGGAAAUGGUUGCGGAUGAAAAGCGAAACGAAUCAGAUUCGGAACCUGAGGAUGCAGUCGAAGAUACUUCUGUUGUAGAAUAUGCCCCCGAAGGUGAUGAUAUCUUCCAGAUGGAUUUGAAUAUUUCAACGGGAUAUGAGGAGCAACCAAAUGUGGAUAUUGAAACAACUAUGCCGGCAAAUGCAAUACAACAAGUCACCCCUACAUUGGAGGGUGUAAAUGAUUACAUGUCGCAGCAGCAACAAAUGAUGAUGAUGGAUCCGCAGAGACGACUCAUGCCGGGCAACGUCAAUACUCCUCGCAAGCGAGCUGCAUCGCCAACCGGUCCACGUGGCCGGCUCUCCAGCACACCACCCCAAAAGCGACAUCGAGCACAACAGCAGCAGCAACAACCUCAACAGCAACAGCAACUGGUUACACCUCCUUCGGAACCUAUUCGUGCAACAGAACCUGCCGAACGACCCGAUGCAAAUAUGUGCUUGAAGUACACAUUUGGCGUAAAUGCCUGGCGGCAGUGGGUUAUGAACAAAAAUGCCGAUAUCGAGAAAAGUACGAUUCGACGGAAACCAUUCAAAACGGAGCUACUGCAAUUAACUGCCGAUGAACUCAACUAUUCAUUGUGCCUUUUCGUGAAGGAAGUUCGAAAGCCAAGUGGUAGUGAAUAUGCACCGGAUACAAUCUACUAUUUGGUUUUAGGCAUUCAGCAAUAUCUUUAUGAAAACGGUCGGAUUGACAAUAUUUUCACAGAUCCUUACUAUGAAAGGUUCACCGAUUGUUUAGAUGAGGUCGCACGUAAAUUUUCCAUUCUCUAUAAUGAUUCACAAUACAUUGUGACGCGUGUCGAAGAAGAACAUUUGUGGGAAUGUAAACAACUGGGAGCACAUUCUCCACAUGUUCUACUCAGUACUUUGAUGUUUUUCAAUACGAAGCACUUCAAUUUAACAACCGUCGAUGAGCACAUGCAGCUAUCAUUCUCACAUAUUAUGAAACACUGGAAGCGGAACCCUGCCAGCAAGCAAAAUCAAAGUACUCGAAACGUACUUUUACGUUUCUAUCCGCCACAAACCACUCCAGAUAAUCCUCGCAAGAAGAAAGUCUACGAACAACAAGAGAACGAAAGUAAUCCACUACGGUGCCCUGUAAAGUUGUAUGAAUUCUAUUUAUCCAAGUGUCCCGAAAGUGUCAAAACGCGCAGCGAUGUAUUUUAUCUUCAGCCAGAACGGUCAUGUGUCCCUGACUCUCCAGUGUGGUAUUCAACACAACCUCUGAGUCGUGAAUCUUUGAAUAAAAUGUUGCAUCGUGUUAAGAUGGUUAAAGAAAUUAACGUAGCGCUACUUAGCAGUCAAUAAGCUCAAUGCAUAACAAAUAAAGAGGAUUAAAAACAAUCUGUAAGUUAGAGGAAACUAGGAUAAAACAUUCAUUUAUUUAGCAUUCAUUAAAUGCGGUACGCAGUGACACAAAUAUGUGAAAAUAUUGUAUAUAUACAGCAUAUUCCAUAAAUAUCUUUAUUUUUAGUCUUAACUGAUAUUCAGAGAGAUGGUUACAAGGAAAAUUUAUUGAAAACCUAAGUUUUUUGCAAUCAUGAUAAGAUAAUUGAUUACUAGUUUCGUUAAACCUUUGUUUCGAUAAAUCCGUGCGGUAAAACAUAGUUGUAGUUAUUAUAUAUAAUUGAGAAGCAAAUAAAAAUUAAGUUUAAAUAUUUUAGAAAACAAUCUGAUUUGUAUGAAGUAUAUUUUAUAUAUUUCUGCAAUGGUCACGCAGGAAGUGACGAAAUUGUUUUUUUAUGCAUAAGCGAAGGUGAUUUUGUCGGCAAGCAAUCAUUGCGACAACAUUUUCUCACUUUUAUGAGUUCCCCAGAAAAAAAAAGAGAACAACAAACAAUUCAUAAAAUUUCGGCUGAAAAUAUACAUUCUCAUUUCAUCAUAAAACACGUACAUAUAUAGAUGCGUCUCAUAAGUGCAACUUUCGUGAAUAUUAGAGAAACGUAAUAAAUCUCCCAAGAGGCAGUAGCACAUCACUUCAAACAAUAAAUAUAUAUUAAGAACUUAAGAACACUUAUACACAUCUAGCAUUACAAUAAAUUUUCUAUUUUUUUCUGGAAUUGUAUUAUAUAAAA